AUGGGUCAGCUGUGUGGACGAUGCAUGCAGCUGCUGCGGGACUUCGUGACCUUCAUUCAGAGGAUGUCCUCCGACUUGGUGCACGGCAUCAAGGAAUUCUUAACUCUGCUAAGCAAAUGCUCCUGCUUAAAACAAAAGAGCUCUAAGGCCAGACAGCUGUACAAGCCCAUCCUGCAACCUCAUGAGAAGGUGACAGCACAGGAGUUUCUGCAGCAUAUUGAAACAGGUUUUGAAAUGUCACCACUUGGAAAGGACCCUCUGGAAGCCCUGAGGACCUUAGCCUUUUCAGAAAACCCAGGUUUACAGCAGUCUGCUGCCCUCUAUUACUUGCAUAUGAGUCAGCACAUGAACGUCCCCCUGCCUGUGGAGCAUCUGGAACCCUUCUAUGCCUUACUACGGUCUGCUGACCUGGAGGUGCAGCAGAUGUCUUCCUUGGCCCUUGUCAACUUCUUGCUGGAAGAAAACAUUGACAAAGAAAUAGUUGUCCAAAUGGGUUUACUUGAGCCAAUUCUGGAUCUGCUUGAGUCGGAGGAUCCCACAGUCCAGUGUAAUUCUUGUGCCUGCACCAUGACUUUGGCUGUUUCAGAGUCCAACCGAGAGGCUAUUGGCGCUGCUCGAGGAGUUACACCGCUAUUGUCUCUUGCCAGUUCCUACGAUCCUAGAGUCCAGCAAAAUGCAGUUGGUGCUAUUCUCAACCUCACACAAUCAGAGAAAAUCCAACAGGUCCUGUGCAAGGAAGGAGCCCUACCAGUUCUUGCCUUACUGCUGGAAUCUCCUGACUCAGAAGUGCAGUAUUACAGCUGUGCUGCCCUUAGCAAUGUGGCAGCCAACGCUCAGCACCACGAAGCCAUGCUGAAACCUGGUAACAGAUUCCUGCUCAUCUCUCUCCUAUCCUCUUCUGUGGACAAGAAGGUUUCAAGCCAGGCAUGUGUUUGCCUAAGAAAUUUGGCUACCAGUGCAGACAUCCAGGCGGAGAUGGUUGCUGAGGACGUCCAGCCCAAGCUGUGCUCUCUCCUGGCAUCCGGCAGCGAGGACGUGCGUCGCGCCUCCAUCGCUCUGCUCUGGAUACUGUCCCAGCACCCGCACAACCAG